AUUGGAAAGUCCAGUCUGAAGUCUGGAUUUUUUCCACUAUAAAUAGUGAAUGAAAUUGAGGCAAAGAGUCUCAUCAUCACAUUAAUUAGGCCUUUCAUCUUCUUAAUUCUUUCUCAUUUCUUCAUUAAAUUGAAAGACAGAUUCUUAAUACGAUUAUUAAUUAUAUGGCCACCACUUUACAGAAGAGGGGAUUCUUGAGCUUGGGGAAGCGAUUUCUGAACCAAUUCAGCUACGCAAGUGCUCGAAAUUCACCUACCCUCUCUGGCAGGAGGGCAGUGCACGCAUCAGUGUACGACAAGAAUCCAGAGGAAUACGUGCGACCUUACUUUGUGGUGCCAGAUGAAGUGAUCAACGACAAAUACUGGGCUCCUCACCCUCAAACUGGUGUGUUUGGGCCAGUAACUGAUCACAGUGGUUUCAAAAUCAUGCCUGCCAGUGCUAGUGUAGAUUCUGUAUUGGAACAGAAGGCUUUCUUCCGCCCUCUUGAGGAUCUUGACAAGCCAGCCUACGUUUAACUUUCAUAAUAGUUUCAACUUUGUUAAUUUACAGACCUAAGUGAAUGCUCUGAGGGUAGCAGCAACCUAUAUUUGUUUGUUUGCUUUAUAUUCUUUGAAUCUGUAACAUAUGUGUAUUUGUAUGUGUAGUCUUAUCUUAGACUACAGACCACUGCACUGUUUUCAAAUGUUUAUGAGCUAUUGCUAUAUGAGCUUCUUUUUUUUACUUUUGUCAA